UUAAUCAAUGCCGGAAAAAUCGAUCAGUAAAGUAACUUAUCAACAUGCUAAAGGAGGGGUCGAGCUUAAACUCUUAAUUUUGACAUGACAUCAAAGAAAAACCUCUCGUUACGCUUCUUUUGACUGUAGCCAUUUUAAACUUUUGUUGUUAGAUGUUAAAGUUAAUGUUCGUAAUGAAAGUAACACUUUACCGUUAGCUUUAUGCUAACAUCAUAGAAAAGAUCAAUCAGAAUAUGUUUCUAAGCUAAACUAAGAUGUGACAACUCAGCGUCAUUUGCUGAUAUGUAAGCCGUGUGUUGGCUGAGCAGAAUGGAGGCCAAUGUUAGUGAUAUUUUGCACAGUGAGGAACAGCUUAAGACUACGCUGCACUGUGAUGACAAGGAGAAGCUUCGUAGGAAACUGGAGCAGCUACAAAGGGAAUAUCUGAAGACCGCUCAGAGACUGAAGCGUGCCGAGCGUUUGGAUGCAGUGAGAAGGCAUGUGAAAAGUAGGAUUUCUCUCCACAAACACCAAGAGCAGAGAGAGCCAGUGGUUACAUCCAACUCUCUCAUCAGUCCCUCCUCGUUUAUUCUCAACAAGGCAAGCAUCCCUGACUCACAACAGUAUCAGGAUGCAGUAGAUUCUGAUGCAUCCAGGAGGAAACCGGUGAUACGAUUCUCGCUCCCUGGAGACUCUGCAUACCCACAAACCCCAGAUCCCAGCAAUGACAUCACUAGAAGCCACAGACCCAGCCCAGCCUUGCGGCUGCGGUCAAAACGUAGCCGCUUACGCUGGGAAAGGAGGAGUGCUGACGCUCUCGACAGCAGACAGGAGCAACCUGAAGGGAUUGAAAACGCAACAAUUAAAGAAAAGGAAGAAAAUGUUGUCAAUGAAAGUGAAGAGCAGUUUUCCGAGUCGCCUUCUUUGCUACUCACACAUUGGAGCACACAAGAAAACACUGAAUCUGGAGACAAAAUGGUAAAGGAGAACCAAAGACCCCAGGAUGACCGGGGAGAGGAGACUGAUCAGGAUGUUCAUCUGAAAUUUGGUAAACCUGCUUUAACCACAGAUGAAGGGCAAGAUGUUAGAGAAAACAGUUUGAUGGAUAGUGAGUUAAGAGAAGAUGGUAUUAGGCUAAGCAAGGAGAGUGAUCCAGUAGGAUGUGAAGAGGAGAAACAAGAAAACACUAAACAAAAUGCUGCCCAGGUGACAGGAAUUGAAAAACAGGAGGAGAUUGUUGAAAACAAAGUAGAAAAGAAUCAAACCACAGCCAGUGAAAAAGCUGCCAGCCUCCUAGACUCCUGCACGUUAGUUGAAGGACUACUUUUCCCUGUGGAGUACUACAUUCGAACCACAAGGCGUAUGGCGCUUUCCCAGAGCCAGCCCGAUGUGCAGGCGGUCAUCCAGUCUCGGCUCAGUGCAGGGCGCCACCGCAGGAGUCGAGGCCGCAGCAGGGGAACCCACAGGGACUCCCAGCAACGCGACCGAAACACUCAGACGGAUUCAUCCUCUUCGACAACUCCGUCCACGUCUCUAGAGCCUCUUAAGCCAUCUACUGCUAAUCCCUGUGAAGACUGUAGCCAGAGCUCCAUUGACACUUCCAGCUCUGACAUUCCAGAAGGUCCCUUUCCACCUCCAGUCCCCAGCCUCCGUCCACCCAGAGGAAGAAGGAAAGGUAGAGGCAGGGGGAGGUCUCUGAGACCACCCGUAUGUAAACAAACCCCCAUUACCGCUAUACCUUCUACUCAGUCUAUCCAUCAGGCUGAUGAGACACAUGCCUCUGCAACACCAUUACCAGAAGAUCAAGAGACAUCUGGACCCCAGCAGUCCUUCACCCACAGCUUUCCAGCCCAACCUGCUGUAGAUAGUGGAGCUCCAACCAAUAAUGCUGCUAACGCUCAGGAGAAAGUCUAUCCCAUCUUCCUGAAGUGCAGCAGCAGCAGAAGCCAACAGAUGAACACAGGCACAUCAGACUGGGCGUCUCUUCUCCUGCCCCCCGUCUCUUCGUUGCCUCAAACACCCCCGCCUUCUCUUCCCUCUCUGAUCCGCAGUUUGAAGAACUUAGACAUCCUGCAAGAUUUCCACCUCCCUGAUGACCAGUUUGCCUCCCUGAAGCUGCACAAGCUCCGUCAGGUUGCCAUGGAAUCAGGCCCCGAACAGUUCUCCACCCCAUCGCACAACACACGGCGACGCUCUAACUGCCUCUACAGCGCCAUCUGUCCACCGACGCCCUGUCGCCUCCCGCUCAGUCUCACGCCUCUGAUCUCAAACUGGCCCUGUCCGAAUGAGAGCGAGCAGACAGAAUGCAAGCUCACUGAUAAUUUGAGUAAUACGAGCGUAACUGAAGAACUAUGUGAUCCAGAUAUUUCAGGAACUAAUAUGAAGCUUGAUGUAGACAAACUUAAAGAUUCAAGCAAAGCCGUUUUAGAGGUGCAAGGCAUCACUGGAAGCUGUGAGCUGGAAGAACGUGACACUGGGACUCAGAGCUGCACAUCCUCUAGCCGUACUGCUAAUUCUAUAAACUGCGUUGAACUGGAAGCUCAUCAGGAUGUGGUGGGAAGUAGCGUGUGCGAAGAAAAUGCUCACUCAGAUGAGUCAAAAGUGGAGCAGCCUGCUGGAAAGCAUAUUCGUUUACAUGAUCCCAUAAUGACAGAUCCUCAGGUUGAAGAUUGCUCUGUCACUGAGCAACGGUCCUUUUGUUUCAGUGAAAGUAAAACAGCAGAGGAGGCUCCUACAACCUUUACAGAUUCCCCAGUAUGCUCUAAGGCUACAGCAAAGCUUCCUGUAAAUGGCUUAUAUGAAGAACCUAAAACAAACUUUUCCAAAGACACAAAGAUGAAUAAUACAGACUCUCAAUUUGUGUUUAAGUCUCCUCUGGAGUCAAUGGUAUCCUCCUUUACACCCCCUUACAUCCCCUCAUCCACUCCAGCAUCCAUCCCAGUCCUGCCCUCCUUGGGAAUCACCCCUAAUCCCGCCCAGCUAACUUCCUCGCCCUCUGCUCCCGCUCUUCACCCGCCUCCACCUCACAGCCCUUCCACUCAGGAUCUGUCUCCUCCUGAUCUCUCUCCUAUCUCGUUCAUCACCUCCCUCCCUCCCAGUGUUCCUUCUCCAGCUUUAAGCGAUCAGGAUAAGAGAGGAGAACCCGCCGCCUGUCCAAUUGCAUCCAGGAUCCAGCUCCAGAGCUCAGCUGUGGAGAAGGGAAUGACUAAAGAGGAAACUGCAGAUAAAUGGCUGCUGAGGUGCACACACACACUGGAGGCACCGGCUGGCGGCUCUCUGGUGGAUGCGUGCUGUGUUUCAGGUCAAGGAGGUGCUUUGUCUGUUGCAGCCGCAGGAAAAUGGGCGGUAUGCCUGUGGAGCCAAACCUCAGAGUCUGACUGGAGCCUCAGACACACCUGGACCUUUAGUGAGCCUGUGAUAAACAUAUUUCCCGUCCCAGACUCUGAAGGCCUGAUGUUCGUAUCUUUGGGUCAGCUGGAGAUAAGAGAGCUGAGAAUGCUGUCCUGUUUCAGCCUCCGGCAGAUGCUAAUAUGCGAGGGCAUCAUCCAUGCAGUGGUUGGCUUGUUCAACUCCAGAGUGGUUACCUCCUCCGAUUCCACUGUAGGCUCCACCCUGCAGGUGUUUACGCUGUCAGACAGCAGCAGCAGACUGAGUUCUCAGCCUCUUGUGUCUCCUGGUGUCUGUGUGAGCGCUCUCGCUCCAGUAGAGGGACUUCCUGAUGCUCUCAUUGGUACAGAUGAGGGAGGACACCUUUUUAUCUGGAAUUUAAAAACUGGCCAGCUGCUGAGCAGAGUGCUGCUAGAACACAGUUUAUCCAACACAGCCUGCCUCAGAGGUUACUCCCACUGUGGAUUGUUGCUAGUUCUGCUGCAGCAUCAGUUCCUGAGAUCCCUGGAUCUAGAAAAUAAAGCAAAACGAGAGGAAAAUGAGAUUCUUUCAGAGGGGGAGCUGAAGCCAGCAUUGUUCUCUUUAGUUGGCAUCAAUCCUCUGAGUGGAAAAUCUGUCUUGGUUACUGCGGUGCGUCCUCCGAAGAGUUGGACCGGCAGGAUCUGUGAAGUAGACGUUAACCGCUCCAGCAUAGUGGGCCUGAGUCAGAGCGGUCGUGUCUGCGUGUGGGAGCUCGGAGACGGGGGAACCCCUCGGACGAUGGAGGCUCCGGAGGAUGAGGACUGGCAGCUAGCUCGAUGGGGGGAAGAGGACUCGCUGGUGAUCGGACAUCAGAAUGGAGACGUUUCCUUACAUUCCUACAGCAGCGUCAAGCAGACUCAUCACACUAAAAAAGACUAGAACCCCGCUGCUCUGAGAACAUUGAUCAGUUUAAGCUGAACUUAACAUAAAUCAGUCACCUUAUCAACCAGCCUCCCUAACAGAAGGGCCUCCUCUUUGCCCAGGCUGCUGUAAUUACAGAUAACUGAUGUCUUUUCAUGCUGUAAAUCCAGCAAAAGCAGCAAGAGGAAGAUCUGGUUUUAUCUCAGAUGUGAACCACAGGAACUGUUUUUGACUGAAGAUUUCAAAUUCUUUCUGUACUGUUCAACUUUACUUUUAUCACCACUGCUGUUUUAACUGUUCUUUGCUUAUAUGCAUGAAUAUUGUUAUAUUUAAAGGAGAAAAAAAAUUCUUAUAGUUUGUAUUAAAGUUUUCUAUUAAAAAUGCGCA